AUGAAUCGGCAACGGAUACUACUCCUCGCAGCCGCCUAUGCAUCACACGCAUUGCAAUCACCGUCAUCACGCAUUGUGCACCACCGCGGCGCCGUCCGGCAGCUAGCAACGCCAGUCGUCGACGCGGCCGAGGCGCCAGCGGCCGACAUGUCCGACGCCUCUGCCGCAGCGCUCAUCGCGGGCACGACCGUAGGCGCCGGCGUGCUCGCGUUGCCCGCGGCCACGGCCGGUGCUGGAUUCGCGGCGUCGACGGGAGUUUUAUGCUGCUCGUGGGUUUUCAUGGCGGCGGCCGGUCUGCUCGUCGCAGAGGCUGCCGCGGCGGCCUCACGACGCACGGGUGAGGCCGACGUCGGCUUCCUGGCCACCGUCCGCGAACUGUUGGGCGACGAUGUGUCACGCGUGACCGGAGCGACCUACGCGUUCCUGCACUACGCGCUGCUCGUGGCCUACGCUGCCCAAGGUGGUGGCUUACUUGCGGGCGCCGUCGGCGCGCCCGCGGCCGCCGGUGCCCUGGUCUUCGGCGCUGGCGUGGGUGGAGGCGUGGCCUUCGGUCCUCCCAAACUCGUCGACAAGGCCAACGACGCCUUCUGCGCGGUGGUGGCGGCGUCGUUCGUCACGCUACUCGUCGUGGGAGCUGGUGCGUUCGACGCGGGCCGGCUCAUGUCGACGGCGCCCGACGCCAAGGCCGCUUUCGAGGCCGUUCCUAUUUCUAUCCUGUCGUUGGUCUAUCACAACGUGAUCCCCACGGUGAGUCGGCGACUGGGCUUUGAUCGUGCUCGCAUCGCGCGGGCGGUGCUACUGGGCUCGGCGUUCCCGCUAGUGAUGUUUAUCGCGUGGAACGCACUUGUACAAGGCGUCGUCGACGCCGGCAGCAGCGCGGAUCCGGUCGCGGCGCUUAUUGCUGCGGAGUCGGGGGAGGCUGGUGCCGAGCUCUCGGUCGCGGUGCAGAUUUUUUCGUUCUCGGCCGUGGUCACCAGCUUCGUGGGAUUUUACUACGGCAUGCGGGGCUACGUGAAAGACGUCCUGGUCGAGAGUUCAGCGAGUGGCCUGGCCGACGACGAGCGCGUCCUCGCCGCGGCGGUCCUUGUGCCGCCGUCUAUUCUUGCAGCGACGGACCCGGGACUGUUUUUACCCGCCCUUGACGCCGCCGGAACGUUCGGUAUCACUUUACUUUUUGGUAUCAUACCGGCGGCGUGCGCCUGGCGGCUGAGAAAAGACGAAAACUCCGAGAUUUUCGUCCCCGGUGGGGCCGCCGUCCUCGCGGCGAUGGUCGCGCUCUCGGCGUUUGUUAUUGGCGAGGGUGCGCUGGACGCAUUGGGGCUCAUCUGAUGAUCGGCAUGUGUUCUUCGCUCGUGUAAUCUUGUAGUCUAGUCGUUUUUCCUUCGAUUCCGCGCUUUCUCGCGGGUUUUGCUGACUUUGCCGCAGCGGUUUUGGAGCCAUAGCCGCUCACCACUCAUUAAUUCUCAGAGCGAGAUAAGAAUAUCUCGCGAACUGUCACGCGCGGCAGCACUCCGCGGUCGUAAGGCCCCCCCCUGUAUUGCUCAUAACCAAUAAGUGGGCCCUCACCACGUAUUUACCAGUGCAUAAAUCAACUUGUGGCCGAGCGUGCUAAAUCAUGGCCUCCACGCCAUCAUCGCGCACCCGACUCACUGGUUGAUUUGCGCACAGGUAUUUACUGGCCUCAUCCCCUUCUUCGGCCAGAUGAACAGUCUCAUCGGCGCGGUCUUCGAUCCUCUGCUAUGUUUUGUCUUACCGUCGAUCAUGCUCUAUAAGAGCGGGCUGCCGAUGACGCCUAUCGACAAGGCCGGCGCGCUCUUCUACGUCUUCGUCGUCGGUGUGUUCGCGUGGGGUCCCGGUACGGGCGUCGCGAUUUACUCGAUCGCGGAGUCGAGCGACGACGUCGGCGGGCCGUUCUCGUGCCAGUGCAUCGCGAAGCAGUGUUCUACUUGA